AUGUCUUCAUUUAAUGACGUUUCCAAAGGCAAGCUAUCUGUUUCUUUUUCUUGGGUUGGAAAACUAACCAAACUCUACCACUUGAACCUUGCAGAUACCAACAUAAAGGGAGAAUUCCUAUCUUUUGUGUCUAACCUGACACAACUUGAAUAUCUAUACUUGGACGCUAAUGAAAUAUCAGGUCAAAUCCCAUCUUGGCUUAUGAAGUUGACCCAGUUAACCACUCUAAGCCUUGGUUAUAACAAUUUACAAGGACCAAUUCCUAGGUCGCUCUUCCAACUCAAAAAUCUUGAAAAUCUUUAUCUUUUCGGUAAUAACUUGAGUGGGUUGGUUGAGUUUGAUCAGUUUUCCAAGCUCAAAAAGUUGAAGGGCCUUGAUUUAUCGAACAACAUGUUAUCAGUGGAGAUCAGAAAUGAUUUAAGUGCUACUCUUCCAAAGCUUCAAACUCUAGCACUGGGCUUCUGCAACUUAACAGAGUUUCCAAAUUUUUUGAAAAAUCAAUCCGAAUUGAUUCUGCUAGACCUUUCCUACAACAAAAUUCACGGCCCAAUACCGAAAUGGGUCUGGAAUGCAACUAUUGAAACUUUGUUGGUACUCCGUCUCUAUGGCAACUUUUUGACGGGAUUUGACCAAUAUCCAGGCAUUCUCCCAUGGACAAAUCUGAUCUUUCUGGGUCUUGGGUCUAACAUGUUGCAAGGACCUCUGCCAAUUCCCCCGCAAUCAAUCAGAUUAUAUGAUGUUAAAAACAACGAAUAUACUGGAGAAAUUUCACCUCUGUUCUGCAACUUCAAUAAUCUCCAAGUUCUCGAUUUGUCCAAAAACAACCUCAGUGGCAGGCUUCCACAAUGUUUGGGUAACUCUAGUGUUUUGGAAAUAUUGGCCCUGCAUGACAAUUCUUUAAAUGGAUAUGUUCCUCCAAUAUGUCCAAGAAAAACUAGGCUGAGAAUUGUUGAUUUUAGUUAUAAUCAGUUGCAGGGGAAGCUACCAAGAGGGGUGAUGAAUUGUACUCAGUUGAAGGUUCUUAAUUUUGCAAACAAUCAGAUGAGUGACAUCUUCCCAUCUUGGUUAGGGGCACUUCCGGAAUUAAGGAUUCUCAUUUUGCGGUCUAAUGGAUUUCAUGGCGUAAUCGGGAAGCCUUCAACUAAACAUGAGUUCCCAAAUUUGCGCAUCAUUGACUUAUCUAACAAUGGUUUCUCAGGUAUGUUGCCCUCUAACUACUUAGAGAUCUGGAAUUCCAUGAAAUAUGUUGAUGAAAACUGGCGAACUUAUUUUGACGUAAAUACGGAUAACGUCGGUGGAGAAUACAUUAAUAGUGAUUACGAAAUGACAAUAAGUGGCAAAGGUGUUGAGUUGAAAUAUCAAAGGACCCCUUAUCUUCUCACACUCAUAGAUCUGUCAAGUAAUAGAUUUGAAGGAGAGAUUCCAGAAGGUCCCAUUGGGAACCUAAGAGCCCUUGUUUUGCUGAACCUUUCCAACAACUCUCUCAUUGGUCACAUCCCCUCAUCUUUAGGGUACUUGGCUGCUCUCGAAUCGUUAGAUCUCUCCCAGAACCAGCUCUCAGGAAGGAUCCCGAGUAAUUUAGCACAACUCACUUUCCUUGCAUAUUUUAAUGUAUCCCAUAACCAUCUCUCCGGGCCCAUACCACUUGGCAAACAAUUCGAUACAUUCCAGGAAGACUCGUACGAAGGAAACUUAGGUAUGUGUGGAAAGUCUCUGCCAAAGAAAUGUGAAGAUUCUGAGAGCUCAACGCGGCCACCACCAUCAAUCGUGGGAGAAGAUGAAGACUCUAUAUUUCAAAUUGCACUGGAUUGGUACGUGGUUGUGCCAGGACUUGUUAGUGGUCUGAUAGUUGGAGUGGUUGUUGGGGACAUAUGGACAACAAAGAAGCACGAAUGGUUUGUGGAGACGUUUAGCAGGGGGAGGAAGCCAAGAGGCACAAGGGCUAGGAGGGGACGCAGAACUUAG